UUCUUCUUGGCGCUAACUUUUUUUCAAGGAAUGUACCAAAAAGUUUCCACUUUUGAAAAAAAUUUGGGCUAAUUUUGAGCUAUGACGUCAAUUAAACGUAAACCAUCUGGCAGUUUGACGAAAGGUUUAUGUUAGUGGUCAACGCAUUUUGUCAUAAGUCGUGUUUAUUAGAAAUUAGGUUAUAAUCGAAGCGAAUAAUAUAAUAUAAUAUAAAAAUGGCUCCAGUGGUCGAGGUUCAAAGUGAAGCGGUGGAGGAAAAAGAGACGGUAAAGGAGACACCGUCCAAAUUGACAAUUGGAAUUAUUUAUCCCCCUCCAGAAAUGAGAAAUAUUGUUGAUAAAACUGCAAGUUUCGUUGCAAGAAAUGGUCCGGAAUUUGAAGCACGUAUUCGUCAAAAUGAAAUUAACAACAAAAAAUUUAAUUUUCUAAACAGUGGUGAUCCUUACCAUGCAUAUUACCAGCAUAAAGUUAAAGAGUUCAAAGAAGGCAGAGCAGUUGCAGAACCUGCUGUUGCUCCUCAGCCUACUACCAAACCUACUGCGUCUGUUCCAAAACCUCCUGAGAUCGCUAAAAUUACAGAAUUGCCUGUUAUUCCCAAAGAACCACCUCCAGAAUUUGAGUUUAUUAAUGAUCCACCAUCAAUAUCAGCUCUUGAUCUGUUGCCAUAA